AUGGCGGACAGCGCCGCGGCCGUGAAGGGCGGCUCCGCGGCGCCCUGGUGGAAGGCGCUGACCGGCAAGAAGAAGCCGCAGGAGGCAGCGCCGCCGCCCGCCGAGCCGCCCGCGCCGCCCAGCCCCGGCGCCCGCGAGGGCCAGACGCCGCCCGCCGCCGAGCCCAAGGGCAGCGGCCGCCGCGGCCUCCGCGUCUCCCACUCGGGCCGCUUCAAGGAGCGGCGCAAGGUGCGCGCCUCGCUGCUGGCCGACGGCCCCGAGGUCUUCGACGGCAGCGGCCCCGGCCCCGCCGGGCGCGAGUAG